GGGUAAUCGAUGGACUAUAGAACUUGGAUAAUUCUCCCAUUGGGCAUGUGUUUAAAGGCCCUCAUCUAGAUUCAAGUAUAUGCUAAUGGAUAAACUAGCAACUCGUACUGAACAAAGAGUAACAAUCACUAGUGAAACCAAUCGAAUCCUCCACGUUUCGCGUCCAUAUUGAUAAUGCCAGCGAGCCCACCUAUAUUCAUGGAAAAAGACAAACUGCCCGAAAAUACCCUACAAUCACAUAAUUGCACUUGAAGAACGCAAUAUCACCGUGUCGUCAGCUCUACAUCCCCACCCCACGAGCUGCCCCACUACCAGGUCCGCCUCCACCUGAUCUGCCAUUUGUGUGCCUCGGAAAAAGCCCGGAAAGUUUCGAGUAUGGGGUAAUGCGCAACUGGUGACUUGGAAAAUGUAUAUAUAGUGUAGAAUUCUGGCACCACAUUACCUCUCACCACCCACAGUAAAUAUGACCCCCAACCCAUCCUUAGUGUUGAACAAGAUCGAUGACAUCUCCUUCGAGACCUACGAUGCCCCAGAAAUCUCCCAGCCCACCGAUGUGAUUGUGGAGGUCAAGAAGACGGGUAUCUGUGGAUCCGAUAUCCACUACUACGCCCACGGCAAGAUCGGCAAGUUUGUCCUCACCAAGCCCAUGGUGUUGGGACACGAGUCUUCUGGUAUUGUCUCCAAAAUUGGUCCUGGUGUCACCUCCCUCAAGGUAGGUGACAAGGUUGCAAUCGAGCCUGGUGUGCCAUCCAGAUACAGUGACGAAUACAAGAGUGGUCACUACAACUUGUGUCCCCACAUGUGCUUUGCUGCCACUCCAAGCGCCUCUGGCGACAAUCCUCCAGGAACCCUCUGCAAAUACUACAAAAGUCCCGAGGACUUCUUGGUCAAGCUUCCUGACCACGUCUCGUUGGACAUGGGUGCAUUGGUGGAACCUACCAGUGUGGGUGUACACGCAGCCAAGUUGGCAAACCUCAAGUUUGGUGACUACGUAGCUGUUUUCGGGGCUGGUCCCGUUGGUUUGUUGGCAGCCUCUGUUGCAAAGCUCUUUGGUGCUGCUGGAGUCAUUGUGGUUGAUAUUUUCGACACCAAGUUGGAGUUGGCCAAGUCCAUCGGUGCUGCCACCCACGUCUUCAACUCUAAGACAGGAGGUGCCGAGGAGUUGAUCCAAGCUUUCGAUGGUCACAGUCCAUCGGUGAUUUUGGAAUGUACUGGUGCUGAGGUGUGCAUUGGCUUGGGUGUCGAGAUCGCUGCUCCAGGUGCUCGUUUCGUUCAGGUUGGUAACGCUGGAAGUGCCGUCAAGUUCCCUAUUACCGAGUUUGCAACCAAGGAAAUGACUUUGUUCGGUUCUUUCAGAUACGGAUUCAACGAUUACAAGACUGCAGUCAAGAUUUUCGACGAAAACUACAAAAACGGAAACGACAACGCUCCAAUUGAUUUCGAGCAGUUGAUCACCCACAGAUUCAAGUUCGACGACGCCAUCAAGGCCUACGACCUUGUCAGAGCAGGCACUGGUUCUGUCAAGUGUAUCAUCGAUGGCCCAGAGUAAAAUUUUAGUAGCCACUUAUUAAAUAGCCCAUCCACUCUUCAACACCUCGUAGUGACUGCCCUACUGGCAUCGUGCUGACCUGUCUAUGUCCCGACUUCCUACUCUAUAGU